AUGACAACUCAAAAUAUUUUUGGUGGAAGCGGCAGGGAGCGCCGGGGUAGCAGUGCUGCUCCUAGCACUCUGAACGAGAGCAAAGCGGGGCAUCGGAAAGAACUUGACUCAUACGGACCCGUCAUGAACAGGGCACUCCUGGGCCAGAUUUGUAAAGAGAGCGGACAGUACGAGUCCCCGGCUCUGAAUGACAAGCUGUAUUUGCACUUCCGAGGUUUCACGAAGAUUGAGAAUCUCGAUGACUACACCCAAGUGAGGGCUCUCUGGCUGGAAGGAAAUGGCAUUCGCCGGAUCGAAGGGCUGGACAAUCUCAAGGAGCUGAAGUGUCUAUUCUUGCAACAAAACUGCAUCAGAGAAAUUGAAAAUCUGGACUACUGCGAGAGAUUAGUCACGCUCGACCUCUCGCACAACUGUAUCAGGAAGAUCGCAGGCCUGUCGUGCCUCCCACGCCUGAGCAACCUCAAGCUCGCCUACAAUGCUUUUGAGACUCUGGAGGACAUCGCCGGUCUGACGGAGUGUCCAGCCCUGACAAAUUUGGAUAUAUCUCACAAUAACAUAGAUUUCGGACCACAGGACAAGAGAGUUUCUGCUGAUAGCACCUUGCCUCAUUCGGCUCGGUCCACUACGGCAGCACGUCUUCAUGCCAGCUCCUCGCCGCAGAUUCUGCACGGCAGUCCGCGUGCAGGGGCGCGCUCGCUGGCUGGUGAGCCUGAGUGUGUUUGCGACGCCGACGAGAAGGCGACAAUCACCGACUGGCUUGACGACUUCUUUGCGCUUAUGCAAAGGUUAUCGGGCCUGACUUGCUUGUAUUUCCAUGGGAACCCAGUUAUCCGGAAACUCCCGUACUACCGCAAGCGCGUGGUUGCCGCUUUGCCUGGGUUACGGUACUUAGACGACCGACCAAUUAAGCCUGUGGAGCGAGCAGGAAGUGAGGCGUGGGUAACAGGAGGCAGGCACGCAGAGGCAGCAGCAAUCAAGAGAAUCAAGGAAACAGAACAACAGCAACUCAGCAGCGAUCUGGAAGAGUUCAGAAGAAUGCAAAACAGAUACAGGGAAAACGUCAGGAGAGCGCUCGAUAGAAUUGCCCGCGAAGAGGAAAGAAGGGCUCAGGCGGCGGCUGGCAUUGGUAAGGCAGUCCUACCUCUGUGGAUAUGGCAGCGCGAGGGUGAGGGCGAUCUCAACCGCCUCAUCUACGGGGUGAUCCUUUUCAUGAGAGACCAUACUGCUGACAGCCUCGGUGAUUUUGCGGAGGCCCAAGCAUGGACAGAAGACGAGCAGAGGCGCGAGAUACAACGGGCUGACGCAGUCAGACAAAGCUGGCUGCGCGCAGCCGAUUCUGAGCAGCAAACGAUAGCAGCGCCGCGAGGCGCUGGUCUUUCCACCUCAGGCAGAAGGGAUGAGACUCGCGAGUCGGUGGCUGGUGCGUCUGCCAGCGAGAGGCCAGCUUCCGAGCUCGCCCCCUUUACCCACUCACAGAAGAUAUCUUUCGCAGGCAACUCCCUCCUCGAGGCCGACCGUGAAGGCCCGACUUCCGCCGGAAUCUCUACCGACGCGAACGAGUUCGCAACGGGCGCUGAUGAGGCAGGACAAGCCACCGACACGACGGUUAUUGUGGACCCCUCUGUUGAGGCGCUGCUCGCUCUCGCAUCCGAAAGUGAAGACACUGUUUCAUCCGACCACCUUAUGCCAGCGACAGAGGCUCAACAAGAGUCUCACGCGCUCAGCGGUCAGGCUGCUGGCAUCGCAUCUAACGAGGAAGAACACACAGACUGCCCUGAAAAGACAUCGGGAGUCGAGGUGCCCUCUGAUGUAUCUUCCAUUAAGUCGCUAGAGGCACGGUACGCAGCGAUAGGAUCAGUCGUUAACUGCGAAGACACUUUACCUGCUGCUGGCUCUCUAGACGCACGCCAACACGGGAAGCACGAGUUCUGCUUUGACAUGUUAGACUGA